AUGGCGCCCUUAGUGCGCCGCGCGCGGCCCAAGUACGCUGCGGCGCUGCUCUCGCCGACCUGCCUCCACAAGCUGCGCGUCCCUGGCGAGUUCGCGGCGUGGCUCGGCGGCGAGGCGCGAGCGGCGGCGGCGGUGCUGCUGGUGAGCCCGCUCGGCAAGGUCUGGCACGCGGACCUGCGCCGCGCCGGCGGAGGCGGCGGGCCCGGGCCGUUGCAGCUCGCCGGCGGCUGGGCGGAGUUUGCGGCCGCGCACGGCGUCCGGGCCGGGUGGAGCGUGGUGUUCAGGCUCGAGCGGCGCGUGGCCACCCUCAGGGCGUUCGACGCGGCCGGCUGCCUCGCGCGAUUCUGCACGCCUCUCGCAGGGGUGGCAGCAGGCAAGAACAGGCCCCGGUUCAUCAGAGUGCUUAACGCUGACGAUCUGGAAAAGAUGAGAAUCCCUGACGAGUUUGUGCAAGAGCACCUGACUGACACUCACCCAAGCAGCAAGAGGGCCAUGAUUUUCAGCCCUCUUGGCAAGUUCUGGCGCGUCGAGCUAGACCGCGACCAGCCAGGCGUGCUGCUCGGCGAUGGCUGGGUGCGGUUUCUGACGGCUCACGAUCUUUCUGAAGGGAACAUCCUGGUGUUCAGGUAUGACGAUAGCAUGGUGUUUACAGUUGAGGUGUUCAUGCAGAGCGGGUGCCUGAAGGAGUAUGAAGCAGCAACUGCAGACAUGACGGAUGAUGCAAUAGGGAGGCAAAUCACUGUGCCUCAACAAGGUGACAAGGAGCUUUGUGUUUCACCUGUCAAGAAGAAAAGGAAGACCAGGAAUGAAAAUACUUGUUUGGCUGUGUAUCGCAAGAAGCCGAAUCAUUCCCCAAUUUCCGUGAAGAAGGCUGUAUCGCAGAAGAAACUUGUCAGCAUUGAGCCACGUCAUUCAUUCACGAAACGGAUUACCGGCUAUAAUCUUACUAGCCUCUUUGCGGUGAAAGGGUCAUUUUGCUCUUCCGUUGGUCUUGCGGGAGCAUGUGAAAUCACACUGAAAACGAAGAUGGGCAACACAAGAUCUUGGCGGGUACGGUUCAACACCACCAACACCUAUGGCUACAUAACUGGACAAGGUUGGAAAAGGUUUUGCCGUGAAAACAAGCUAAAAGAAGGCGACAGCUGCACCUUCAGCGUCAUCGAAACAACUGUCUGGCAUGUUACGAUUGUGUCCAGCUAGUAGGAAGCUAGGAGUCAGUCCCAGUAUUUUGCUCGCCAAUUCCACUUGUCACAGGUCAGCUCAUGGUCAGUGAUUUUCAUGUGAAUGUUAGUAUGUGAGAAUAUAGAACUCAAAUUAUGGUAGUCCAAUGAAUGUUUGGGUCACUAAAAGUCUGAAGCACAAGUAUAUUUGUAAU